ACCAGCACCGUCACUUCGAAGGGGCAGCUAAUAGUCAGAGAACAAUAACCAUACAUAGACAGAAACGCGAAAUCAGCAAAGAAAGAAAGCGACCUUUUGUUCCUCCAUAAUAUGCAGAAAUACGGGGUUCCCUUCUACGGAGCCGCCUGGGUUCCAUACAACAACGUCAGAUCCAAGCUCGCAUCCCGAGAAGAUCCAGACAAAGCCGACGACGAUGAAUCCUCGUCGGCAUCGGAGGUCACUGCGUCUCAUAGCUACGUCGUUCUCGCUGGUGGUGGAGGCGAGGGUCGCAGCGGUAUCCCCAACGCCAUCAUCGUCUCCCACGCCGAUUUCGCCUCCAUUUCUCUCUCCGAUCAACCUGUGGCCAAGCUUGAAAUUGGAUCCCAGUUACCUUAUCGAAUGGCUGUCCACCCUGGCGGAGAUGGCCUUAUAUGUGCAUUGCCGGAUAGCUGCAGACUGUUUGAGUGGGAAGAGGUAGAGAGCUCCGAAGUCCAUAAGCUUAGUGUUAAAGUGUCAGAGAAAGUACUCAGCCAACUAGAAGGUUUUGGGCAACAAUUGGCGUUGGCAUUUGACAGUGAAGGUUCCAUACUUGCUGUUGGUGGUGAGGAUGGUAACCUAAGGGUCUUCAUGUGGCCUACGAUGGAAAUUAUUCUCAAUGAGGCCCAGGCGCAUACAUCUGUUAAGGACUUGACUUUCAGCCCAAAUGGGAAAUUUCUUGUGUCUCUGGGACGCAUUCUCUGUAGAGUUUGGGAUUUGACCACAUUAAAAGCUGUAGCUUCUCUACCCAGAGAAAAUAAUAGAUCUUUUACCAUCUUUGAGAUAGGCAACUUUUGCUACUCGUUGCCAUGCAGUGGUACAAUUCAAGGAGACAUUCUGAUUAUAGAUUCAAGCACUUUGCGAGUUCAAACAGUGGUCAGAAAGGCACACCUUGGUUUGGUUACUGCAUUGACAUUCUCCCAUGAUUCAAGGGCAUUGCUUUCUGUGUCAAUGGAUUCAAGUGUAAGGAUGACCGUAAUUAAGGACAAGAAGAAAAAUGGAGGAAUGAACUUGUGGGUCAUUAUAUUCAUUGUAGUGCUUGCAGUUACUGUGUAUCUUAUGAGGAACAAAGGAAUCAUACCUUAGUUCAAGAAUGCCAUGGACACAGUUUGACAAACUUAAGCUGCCAAAAAGGUUGAUAAUUAGAAACAUUGACAUUUUGUAGGCCAUCAUGGGGACUCCAUGAUGGUUGGCCAGAACGAGAACAUGCUUUGCGUUCUAGCAGCUAAAUUACAUAUUCGUUUGGGUAUUUUGUUUACAUAUCUUGUACAGAUUCUGGCCUCUAAAUGAAAAGCUGCCCUUAUGAUUUCAUCUA